CCAGCCACAGGCACUUCCCACCACUGUGCUGCCCCUCACCCCUAAAAUCGGAAUGGGGAAACCAGCCAUCUCUAAGAGGAAGUUCUCCCCGGGCAGAGCCAGGGUCAAACAGGGUUCGUGGUGGAGUAAUCGCAGGGCGGUGAGCCCCCCCUCGUCCUCCCAGGAUUCCACGGGGGAGGGAGGGUGGGACAGCCCUAAGCCCCGUCCUCCGGACUCCCCCCUCUGGAGCAUGAGAGUGGGUCGUGGUUCAGGGUUUCCAGGAAGGAGGAGGUCCAGAGGAGGAGGUCUUGGAGGAAGAGGAGGGAGAGGAAGGAGCCGGCUGAAGACUCAGGACACUGUGACCGUGUUACCUGGAUGCGGUGUGUACGUGGAGCCGUUCCAGCCAAAGGAGGAGGAGGAGAGCUCAAUGCACAACACGGUGGUGAUGUUCUCCACCUCCGACCACUACACCCUCAAACAGGACAUGUGUGUGGUGUGUGGGAGUUUUGGUCAGGGAGCUGAAGGCAGACUGUUGGCCUGUUCUCAGUGUGGACAGUGUUACCAUCCCUACUGUGUUAACGUCAAGAUCACGCGGGUUGUCCUGACCAAAGGUUGGCGCUGUCUGGAGUGUACAGUGUGUGAAGCGUGCGGCGAGGCCAGUGACCCCGGACGACUGUUGCUAUGUGACGACUGUGACAUCAGCUACCACACUUACUGCCUGGACCCGCCCCUUCAUACAGUACCUAAAGGAGCCUGGAAGUGCAAGUGGUGUGUGUGGUGUGUCCAGUGUGGCUCCACCUCCCCCGGGCUGCACUGUGAUUGGCAGAGUAACUACAGUCGCUGUGGACCGUGUAGCAGCCUGAGCCGCUGUCCUCUCUGUCAGAGACCGUACUCGCAGGACGACCUCAUUCUGCAGUGUCAGCAGUGCGACAGGUGGGUCCACGCUGUCUGCCAGGGCCUGACCACUGAAGAUGAGGUGGAGGCGGCUGCUGACGAAGGCUUCGACUGCUCUCUGUGCCGCACGCAGGGCCGCGGCUCAUACGGGAGGUCGGACAGUUUUGAGUCUCCCUACAUGGCCCAGAUCGUCUCCAGGACCAGAGAACCCGACUCCAAGACGUACACUCAGGACGGCGUGUGUCUCACAGAGUCCGGUCUGUCUCACCUGCAGUCUCUGGUGGAACCUCUGACGUCCCCGCGCAGGUACCGCAGGUGUAAACCCAAACUGAAGCUGAGGAUCAUCAACCAGAACAGCGUGUCUGUCCUGCAGACGCCACCUGACCCCGACCUCCCCACUGAGCAGGACCACGGCAGAGGUGAGUUGGAGUGUGAGAUGAAAUCCGACUCCAGCCCAGAGCGAGACCACGCCCACGACGAUGAUGUCACCAAGGAGCUCGAGGCCACUGACGCCAACAAGAAGAGGAAACGGAAACCCUACAGGCCAGGUAUCGGGGGCUUCAUGGUGCGUCAGCGUGGAGGGAAGGCCGGUCCUAGCAGACUCAAACUGUGUAGAAAAGAUUCCACGGAGACGCUGCCCGGUCGAGACGGAGGCCUCCUGGGGGCUGAUGUUUCCAUGGAGACGGCGCCCCCUGCUGACCAGACGAUGGACAAGGUGAAGAAGAGAUACCGAAAGAAGAAGACGAAGCUGGAGGAGGCCUUCCCUUCUUACCUCCAGGAGGCGUUUUUCGGUCGGGAUCUUCUCGACCGGAGCCGGCAAGUGGACAGGAGGCCGGGGCCGGAGACACCGCGUGGCAGUGACCUGAAAGGCCCCGCCCCUGGAUUACAUGGCCCCUCCCCCACGGGCCUGCCAGUCGGCGCCCUGGCGACCAACGCCAUCAAGAAGCAGGGAACGCUGCCCGUGUCGGAGGAAGCCCUGCUGGAUCUGUCUGACGUUCUCAGCACUGACCCUCACAUUCUGGCUACAGGACACUCAGGUCAGUUCCAGGUGGAGCGCUCCCCGUCUCCGUUUGCCGGUCUGGACAUCAGCUCCAGGGCGAACAACAGCUCUUUGAUCGGAAGUGGUGGGCGUGGCCUGAGGGCGGUGCAGGAGGAGCCUCUGGACGCCAUCUUGAGUCCUGAGCUCGACAAGAUGGUCACUGACGGUGCCAUCCUCAGCAAACUCUACAAGAUCCCAGAGCUGGAGGGGAAGGACGUGGAGGAGGUGUUCACUGCUGUUCUCAGUCCAAACAGCCAAUCAGAGCAGAGCCAGCACACACACCCUGCGGCCGGGAGCAAAACAAGCACACAGCACACAGCUGCGUUUCCUCGUCUUCCUCUGAUGAACGGCCUGAUGGGAGCUAAUCCUCACUUUCCAAACGCUCCCAUGAUGCCCAGCGGUGUUCAGGGUCCUGUGGGCUUUGGGAUGCCCCUUCCCGAGUGCCCCGCCCCCGCGCCGCUCCCGGGCCCCGCCCCCGGGCCGGCCUCUUCCACUCAGGGUUCGGCCGCAGAGGGUGAGCAGGACGGGAUGUCGACGGCUCAGAGGAGCAUGCUGAAGUGGGAGAAGGAAGAGAUUCUGGGGGAGAUGGCCACCGUCGCCCCUGUCCUCUACUGCAACACCAACUUCCCCCAGCUGAGAGAGCAGUACCCCGCUGCGUUUCCUCGUCUUCCUCUGAUGAACGGCCUGAUGGGAGCUAAUCCUCACUUUCCAAACGCUCCCAUGAUGCCCAGCGGUGUUCAGGGUCCUGUGGGCUUUGGGAUGCCCCUUCCCGAGUGCCCCGCCCCCGCGCCGCUCCCGGGCCCCGCCCCCGGGCCGGCCUCUUCCACUCAGGGUUCGGCCGCAGAGGGUGAGCAGGACGGGAUGUCGACGGCUCAGAGGAGCAUGCUGAAGUGGGAGAAGGAAGAGAUUCUGGGGGAGAUGGCCACCGUCGCCCCUGUCCUCUACUGCAACACCAACUUCCCCCAGCUGAGAGAGCAGUACCCCGACUGGUCCACCAGGGUGAAGCAGAUCGCCAAGCUGUGGAGGAAGGCCAGCUCUCAGGACAGGGCGCCCUUCGUGCAAAAAGCUCGAGAUAACCGAGCGGCUCAGCGCAUCAGCAAGGUGCAGCUGUCCAACGACCCGCUGAAACGCCAGCAGCCCUCACAGCAGCAGCAGCAGCCGCCGCAACUGCAGCAGCAGCAGCCGCCGCCGCCGCCGCCACCGCCCGGGCCUUAUGACCCCGCUUCCAUGGAGGCGGAUGGGACGUUCAAGGACCCGCUGAGGCCCAAAGAGACUGAACAGGAGCAGGAGUGGAAGUUCAGACAGGGAGAGGUAAAUGACAGAUGGGGAGCCGGUAAGAAGAGGCAGGAAAAUCUCCCCCAAAGCAAAGCCCUAAAAUCACCAACAGAUAAAGAUUGUCCCUACCAGGCAUCUGUAGCAGGAGGUGGCAAAGAGGCUCUGCAAAUGCGUCAGAAGAGUAAGCAGCUGGCGAGGAUCGAAGCCACGCAGAAGUUGGAGCAAGUCAAGAACGAGCAGCUACUGCAGCAGAGGCAGCAGCAGCAGCUGUUAGCCGGCCAGCGCCUCGCCGGCCAGCUUUCCCCUGAGCCCGGCGGCCGGGGCCCCAUGACAUCUACUGGGGGCAGCGGCUCCCCCCUCCAUCCACCAGCAUCCAGGGAAGGUCAAUCCAGACAGCAGCACCUCCUGCAGGGGGGCCAGAGUUCAGGAUUUGUUGACGACGUCUUCCUCAGACCGCAAGCCCCUCCCCCCUCCGGAUUCUCCUCUCUCCCUCACUCCCCCCACUCCUCCUCCCCUCUCCAUCAGCCUCCUUCCUCCCCCCAGAUGUUCUCCCCGCCCUCCUCCCGCCCCUCCUCGCCCUGGGAUCCCUAUAGUACAGUAGCAGGAACUCCUCGCCCCGCAUUCUCCCAGGCUGGUGGCCCUCCAGCCCCCCAGCAGCAGCGGCGCAACUCCCUAAAUGCCUCCCCAGCCCAUGAUGCCUUUGGUUCCCCUGCACCAUCCCCAGACUCCAAAAUCUCCGACGUCUCCAGAACCAUUGGACCACAACCAGGUCUGCAGCAGAGCAGAGCACCUAUGAUGAGCCCCCCCUCGGUCUCGGCCCCGGACCAUUUGACCAGACAUGUUGGCGCCAGAGCCGCUGAGACCUUCCAGCGGACUCCUCAUAACAGCAGUAACGUUCAUGUGGCGGCGUCUGAACUCUAUGGUCGGCCUGGUGAACUGGUUCAGGGUGGGGUUUUUAAAGCUCCCAUGCCCCCGAACCACCAGCCUCAGCCGGAGGUAUUUAGCAGCACAGGAGGAGGAGCAAGGAGGGACCCAGCUAGACCCACAGAUCUGGGCUAUGCCCUACCUCAGACCCAGGACAUUCCCUUCCCCUCUAGUCCACUGUCGGGGCUGGGCUCCCCCCAUCGCAGCCCCUACUCCCAGACACCCGGCACCCCUAGGCCUGACUGUAGCCAGCAGAUCACUGACCCCUUUACACAGCAGUCACCUAUGACCUCCCGGCCCUCACCUGACCCCUACAGUAACCCUCAUACCCCCGGUACACCACAUACACAGUCUGACCCCACGUACCUCAACACACCGCCUGUGCUGAGACUGGACCAGUAUAACCAGCAGUCUGCCAGCCGUCGGCCGUCCCCCUCCCACCCAACCCUUGACCCCUAUGCCUCCAACCCAGGGACGCCCCGCCCCUCUGUCACAGAGCGCUUGCCUCGAUCACCAGGGAAUCAGCAGGGCACCGAUCCCUACUCUCAGCAGCCCUCCACACCACGACCCCAGAAGGCCCCUGAGUCCUUCUGCCAGGCCCCAGUAGAGAGCUUCAAUCCUCAGCCGGCAGGAUCCGGUUCAUCCCCUUCGGCUCCAAGACUGUCUGGAGAGACGGUGACCUUUACCCCAACACACAGCCAGUUGCAACAGUCUCCAGGACGACGACAGCAACAGCAAAUGCAGGAUUCAUUUCCCAGAACCCCCAGCAGCCAGACCCCAAAGCACUCCGGGAUGUCAGAGGAAAGUAGCUUCUCGGGCUUGGCGGGUCAGACUCCUGGUCACGACCCCUUUGAGCAAGGUCAGAUGACACCAGGCCUCUCACAGACGGACACGACCAAUGCGAUGGCAGCGCUAACUUCUUCAGAUGGACCAAUGAGCAUGCUGCCUCAGCUCGGUGACACAGAGGAGAAGCUCAGACAGCGGCAGCGGCUCCGGCAGCUCAUCCUGAGGCAGCAGCAGCUGAAGAGCUCCUUGCGGCAGGAGAAAGGUCUGCAGGAGGCAGCUUCUGGACUCGCCGUAGCCCCUGCUGCUUCGCCGGGACCCACCCCUGGUUCUGCCAAACCACAUCACUGGUCCCAGGAGGACUCCUCCACUGCUCCUCCAGCAGACCUGUUUGGACGUCCGCCGCCCCCCUACCCUGGCACUUUGAGACCUGGUGGAGCUCCAGCCCCGAGGUUCCCUGGAGGUUUUCCAGGGGAGCAGCAGAGGGGGUUCAACCCCAACGAGGCUCCUUUCCCCAGGCAGAGCCUCCCCAGAGAGCUGUUAGUUCGAGGACCCCUCAUGAGGUUCAGUGGUCCUCUAGGAGCUCCAGUGGGUUUCCAGGACUCCUUCCUUCGUCCUCCCCAGGGAUCGGUGCCUGGAUCUGGGCUCAGUGGGAUGGAGGGAGUCCCUGUCCAAAUGAGGAGGCCGAUGCCUGGGGAGUUCACCGGCAUCCGAACCCUCCCGGCUCCCAACGCUCACCCACACAUGCCGCCAGGUGUCCCCCAGCCCUUCCUCCCGCGCUCCAUACCCUUCCAGCAGCACAGCAUCAUGGGACAGCCUUACAUCGAGCUUCGCCACCGCGCCCCCGAACACCGUCUGAGGCUGCCCUUCCCUCUGCCCGGUGCCUCGGACCACGAGACCCCUCUGCUGCACCCCCGAGACCCCCAGCCGUCUCCUGUCAGGCCCGGUCUGGGGCCCAGGAUGGGUGAGACCCAGCUGUGCCAGCAGAUGGUGAUGGACCAGCUGAACCAGCAGCACACGGCGGCGCUGACACAGAGCGGCGAGUCCACGCUGCCUGGGACUGAUGGGAUGGAGGAGCAGAUGGAGGGGGAGGACUCGGCCGUGAAGGAUCUGGAAGACGUGGAGGUGAAAGAUCUGGUCGACCUCAACCUCAACCUGGACCCUGAAGACGGUAAAGAGGACCUGGAUCUGGGUCCUAACGACCUCCACCUCGACGACUUCCUGCUGUCGGGAAAGUUCGACCUGAUCGCCUACGCUGACCCCGAGCUCAAUCUGGAGGACAAGAAGGACAUGUUCAACGAGGAGCUGGACCUGGGGGAGUCGGUGGAGGAGAAGGAGGGGGCGGAGAGGAGGGACGGAUCCGGCGGGUCCAGAAAGACAGACGGCCACCUGAUAGGCCAGGUCAAACAGGAAGUGCAGGACGGCGUCAAGACAGAAGCAACCCAGUACCCUGCACCUCAACCUGGGAUCAUCACCAGCAGCAGCAGACCCCCCGGACCUCCAGGAGCUCCAGGAGGGCCCGAUGCAGCAGGCUCCAGCCAGCCCGGCUCCUCUGGUCUCCUCUUCAAGGAGAGGGUGGAAGGCUCUGGCUCCGGUUCAGGGGCCUUGGCAGCUCCUCACACCCAGGAACAGGCUUCGUCGAUGGGCAUGGGUUCCAGAGUUCAGCCCCCGAUUGCUGGAGGUCCACAGCCUGUCUUCCAGCAGCAGCUGAGACCGUUGGGACCCUCCCCCUCGGCGCUCCUCUCCCCCCACCCUCAGGGUCUGCCACUAGCUCCCCACCCCAGUUUGACUCCUCAGGGCCCCCCUGCCUCGCCUCACCAGCUGUCCCUCCAUCACUCCCAGCCUCGCCUCCUCCUCAACCCCCAGACCCAGAGCCAGGCUGUCUUCUCCCAAAACCAGGACCAGGACCAGGACCAGAGCAAGCACAGGCCUCUGCUCCUGGAGGAGCAGCCGCUCCUCCUGCAGGAGCUCCUGGACCAGGAGCGCCAGGAGCAGCAGCAGCAGAAACAGAUGCAGGCCCUGAUCAGACAUCAGUCCAGCCCAGACUCUCUGAUACCCAACAUGGACUUUGACUCCGACCCCAUCAUGAAGGCCAAGAUGGUGGCCCUGAAGGGCAUCAACAAGGUCAUGACCCAGGGCACCCUGGGACUCAACCCCAUGGUCAUCAACAGGUUCCAGCAGGCUCCUGGGGCCCCGGCGGCUCUGGUGGCCCCUAGCCCAGAGGGGGCUCCUCAGCCUCCACACCUGGUGGGACAGGACGGGAAGUUGAACCCCCAGCUGGUGCGACCCAGCCCCCCCAGCUUCGGCCCGGGCUUCGUCAACGAGUCUCAGCGGCGGCAGUACGAGGAGUGGUUGGGCGAGACGCAGCGGCUCCUGCAAAUGCAGCAGCGCCUCCUGGAGGACCAGAUCGCCGGUCACCGCAAGACCAAGAAAUCUCUGUCGGCCAAGCAGAGAACGGCCAAGAAGGCCGGCCGACCCUUCGCCGAGGACGACGCCGCCCAGCUCCGCCACAUCACCGAGCAGCAGGGGGCGGUCCAGAAACAGCUGGAGCAGAUCCGGAAGCAGCAGAAGGAUCACGCCGAGCUGAUCGAGGACUACAGGACCAAACAGCAGCAGCACACGUCUCUGCAGCAACAACCAGGGGCCGCCCCUACGGUGCCUGCAGGAGUGCCCCCAAUCCCCCAGACCCUCCUCUCCCAGCCCAGGGUGUCCAUGCAGCCCCACCCGGGCGGCCCUACCCCGCCCCUUGUUCCAAACGCCCCCCCUGGUUGGAACCCAGGGGGCGGUGCCCCAGUGGUGAUGGGGCAGAGGAUGCCGCUUCAUCUACCCCCUCAGAUUCCUCCCACCCUGCCCAAUGCCCCCCAGGCUCCCGCACACACCCAGACACCCCCCGCCAUGGCGCCCGGGAUCCCUGCUCCCACAGCUGGCUUCACUGCAGGCCCCAGGGGCCCUACUGGAGGGCCCAACGGAGCAGCAGCGGACGGAGCCGCCGCCUCUCGUCAGGUGAAGUUUGACGACAACAACCCAUUCAGCGAGGGUUUCCAGGAGAGAGAGAGGAGGGAGAGGCUGAGAGAGCAGCAGGAGAGGCAGAGAGUUCAGCUCAUGCAGGAGGUGGAGCGUCAUCGGGCCCUGCAGCAGAGACUGGAGCUGGAGCAGCAGGGCCUCCUGGGAGCCUCCGUGGGCCCUGGAGUAGCAGCCAUGCCCCCAUCUGGAGCUUUGUCAGGGGCUCGAGUUGGUCUCACACCAGGACCUGGACCUGGAGGUCCUGCUGGGUCGGCACCUGAAGGGGACAGUCUCUCCCAGAUGCCCUUCUUCAGCUCUGAGCUGCCCCAGGACUUCUUGCAGUCACCUCCAGCCUCCAGAGGGCCCCUGCAGCACCAGGGCCAGCCGGGGCCACCAUUCCCCCAGCAAGUAGGCCUCCACCAAGAUUUCACAGGAGGACCCCUGCACCCUGGAGCUCACCCAGCUCCAGGCCCCGGGCCCCUGAUGGAUUUAGCUCCUUCCAACCUCCAGACCAGACCAAGGCUCUCAGGCCCCGCGGGACCCUCAGCCCACGGACAGGCUCGGCCCCCUGGGGUCGGAGGAGGAGCACUGACCCCCUCCCAUCCUGGGGGUGCGGCUCAUCGAUUUGGACAGGACUCCCCCUGCUCCUCCUCAGGAGGCCCGGCCUCCCUCAUCCAGCUGUACUCUGACAUCAUCCCCGACGACAAACCAAAGAAGAAGAGGAGCAGGAAGAGGGACGGAGAGGACGCCGCAGGCGGAGCAGGAGCCAGGACGCCGCUGUCCUCGCACUCUGAUGACAUCACAGCUCCGCCCACUCCGGCCGUUUCGGACACUUCCUGCUCCACGCCCACUCGGGGGGGUUUGGACCAAUCAGAUCUGUCCUUCUCUCUAAGCUCCUCCCUCUGCGGUCUGGCUCCGUCCUCGGAGUUGGAGAGGCAGCUGUCCGUGAUCUCCGCAGCCCAGCAGAGAGGCUCCGCCCUGGGCCUGGAGUCUCUGAGAGGCCCCCUGUCUGCAGCUCGCCUGGAGGUCAAGGAGGAGCGUGAGGAGGGAGGAGCGUGCGGCGGCGGCGUGGUGAAGAUGGAGGAGGGCGAGGGAUUCUUCUCGCCCUCCCCUCUCCACGGGGGAGGCAAAGAUGGAGACGGGGGGAAGGAGCUGCUCAGACACCUGCUGAAGGACAAGACCUCGCCGGCCACCACGCCGUCACCCACCGGCCAGGCUCCGCCCAUCGCCCGCCGGCAGCUGUCCCACGACAGCGUCCGGUCCGAGGAGGAGGACAGGCCCGGUUCCCAUGGCAACAUGGUGAUGAUGGACAGUCCGGGUCCAGACCUGCUGGACUCCUGCGGCAGGAAGAAGCCUCAGCGCUGUAAAAGGGUCGCUCGGCCGGAGAAAGACAGAGCUCCUCCCAAAACCAAGAGGAGGAAGAAGGAGGAGGAGGAGAAGACGCUGCACUCCUCCUCCACCGCCUCCUCAGACCCGCUGAUGACACACCUCUCUCAGCUGGCGGUGCUUCCCCUCAUGGAGCCGGUCCUGCGGGUGGAUCUGAGCCUGUUCGCCCCGUACGGCAGCUCCUCUCUGGGCAGAGACUCCUCGCUGACGGGCUCCUUCGGGAACGCCUGCCUGGACGGAGUCACCGACUACUACUCCCAGCUCAUAUACAAGAACAACCUCAGUAACCCCCCCACACCGCCGGCCUCCCUGCCCCCCACCCCUCCGCCUGUCGCCAGGCAGAAGCUGGUGAACGGCUUCGCCACGACGGAGGAGCUGAACAGGAAGGACAUCACCGAGCAGGACGUGAAAGGUGUGAAGCAGAAGGGGGAGGGUCUUAUGGCUCUAAACCACGCCUCAAAAACUGUAGACGUCCCCGCCUCCCUGCCAACCCCACCGCACAACAACCAGGAAGAGCUGAGGGUCCAGGACUCGUCGGGGCGCAACAGUCCGGACGGCUUCGUCCCGUCGUCGUCUCCGGAGAGCGUGGCGGACGUGGAGGUCAGCAGGUACCCCGACCUCUCCUUCAUCAAACUGGAGCCGCCCUCGCCCUGCCCGUCGCCUCCAAUACCCAUCAUGCCCUGCUCCUGGGGAAAAGGCUCUGCAGUGAAACAGGAAGUGAAGUCGGAGCCGAACCAUCAGGCUCCUCCCUCCUGCUCUAACGCAGACCUGGUUACCAUAGCGAUAACCCUGAACCCUGUCGCAGCUCAGAACGUUGCAGGUGUGAUGGCGGCGGUGGCGGAGCUACUUCGGGUUCCCGUCCCCGCCGACUACCAGCUGAGCCGACCCGCGGGCCCCGAGCGCAGCUCUCUGGCCCUGCUGGCUGGAGUCCGAGUGCCGCUGACGCAGGGUCCAUCAGGCAGCAGACCGCAGAGACCUGCUGCUGGGAACACUGCUGUCAGAAUGGACUACAUCCAACAUGGCGGCCAAGCUGCUGCCGCCAGGCCUCAGUGUUGCAGCUACUGCAAGGCGCUGCUGGGAAAUGUAGUCCGCAUCGUCAAGGAGCUCAAACAGGAGGGUCAGUCCAGACCAGGACCCAGCCUGGUGUUCUGCAGUCCAAACUGUUCUGCACUCCACACAUCUGACCUACAGAACAGAACAGCUGGAAACAAGUCUGCAGACGGCGUCCUGCCCCCUCCCAGCACAGUGCAGCACCAGUACACCAACAACAUGUCUUCCAUCGCGGUCCAGUCCCUCCUCCACACUCCCUCCUUACCUCCUCCCGCCUCCUCCUCGCCGCCGCUGUCCUUCCCCUCUGCCUCCGCCAUCACCAUGGAGACCAGGCCCCGCAUGGAUAGCCUCAAGGUGAAGGUGAAGUUGAAGCCCCGCCCCCGGGCGGUCCCAGGCGGAGAGGACUCGCUGUCGUCUCGCCACGGGAAAAGGAUCAAGAGUUCCCGCUGGAGACGCUGGAGCUUUAGCAUCACAUUAAGCAGGGGCCCUUGCACCCCUAACGAGGCGGUUGCCAAGCCAACAGAGGAGGAAGUGGAUGAGCUGUUGAAGAAGUUGGGGGCGUGUCUUCGUCCUGACCCGUUACCCAGAGACCAGCGGAGGUGCUGCUUCUGUAACCAGCAGGGAGACGGACAGACUGAUGGACCAGCCAGACUGCUGAACCUGGACCUGGACCUCUGGGUCCACCUGAACUGUGCUUUGUGGUCCAGCGAGGUGUAUGAGACCCAGGCCGGCGCCCUGAUCAACGUGGAGCUGGCUCUGAGACGAGGACUGACUCUGCGCUGCGCUCACUGUCAGCAGACCGGAGCCACGAGCGGCUGCAACCGGCUCCGCUGCACCAACACCUACCACUUCACCUGCGCGCUGCAGGCCCACUGCACCUUCUUCAAGGACAAGACCAUGCUCUGCCACCUCCACAAGCCCAGGACAGGUCCUCUCAGCGGGGACAGGUCCUCCAGCUGCUCCCCCUCCUCCACCCCGGGGCCGACCCCCGACCCUGCGGCGAUGGCGGUCUGUGACCCGUACGACACGGAGCUGCGGUGCUUCUCCGUGUUCCGGCGGGUGUUUGUACAGCGGGACGAGGCGCGGCAGAUCGCUGCCGUGGUUCAGCGCGGCGACCGGCAGUACACCUUCCGCGUGGGCAGCCUGCUGUUCCGCGCCAUCGGCAGGCUCCUCCCACAGCAGAUGAACGCCUUCCACAACAAGACCUCCAUCUUCCCCAUCGGCUACCACGCAAACCGUAUCUACUGGAGCAUGCGCCACAGCAACAGACGCUGUAAGUACCUGUGCUGCAUCGAGGAGCAGGAGGGCCGGCCGCUGUUCAAGGUGAAGGUGGUGGAGAAGGGAUACGACGACCUCAUACUGACCGGGCCAACGCCCAAAGCUGUGUGGGACCAGAUUCUGGAUCCAGUAGCUCAGAUGAGGUCCUCCAGUGGGACCCUGAAGCUGUUCCCAGUUUACCUGAAAGGAGAAGACCUGUUUGGUCUGACCACGUCUGCAGUGACCCGGAUCAUCGAGUCUCUGCCAGGUGUGGAGACCUGUGAGCGCUACACCUUUCGUUACGGCAGGAACCCUCUGAUGGAGUGGCCUCUGGCCUUUAACCCGUCUGGCUCGGCCCGCUCCGAACCCAAAGCCUGCCAGGCCAAGAG